AUGUCUUUGACAGUAUCUGAAUACAUUAUUGGUGGAAGUAGAUUCCACUUCCCAUGUAAAGCUUACCCAUCGCAGCUUGCUAUGAUGAAUUCUAUUGUUAGAGGAUUAAACAGUAAGCAGCACUGUUUGUUGGAGAGCCACGGAAGUGGGAAGAGCUUAGCCUUACUUUGUUCUGCUUUGCAUGGCAGCAGUUCUCGUGGUGAGCAGGAGAGGAGAACUGAGUAAAGUAAAAAGACUGAAGUACCCUUGCCAUGCUUGUUGCUCUUGCCCAUUUGGACAAUUCCUACUAAUGAUAUCGGUGUUAAUGUGAACCAAGGAGCUUCAUGUUCUUUCACCAUGCCAAACAUGACAUCUUCCAAAAAUGAAACCUCAGCUUGCCAAGAAGACUCCACUCCAAAAAUCACACUAGCUGCGAAUUAUCUGCCAAGAAACAGGCAUCUUUGCUUAGCGAAUGAAAAGGAUGAUUUUCAAGUAGACAAGAAAAGGAUUCGUCCCUUAGAAACAAGCAGGCAGGUUAGAAAGCGUCAUUGCUUUGCAAAAGACAUAGAGGAUUUAGAUAUAAAAGUUGCACCAGAAAGGAUUGUGAAGCCAAGUUCUCCAGUGGGAAAAAAAAUAUAUUUUUCUCCCUACAAGCUUCCUGGUCCUUGUACUCGUUGUUCCUGUUCCAUUAAAAGUGAGAAAAGUCAAGAUGACGAUAAUAUAACAAAGAAAGAACAUGGGGGAAAAUGCAAGACACCUAAAAUAUUUUUUGGGACUCGUACACAUAAACAGAUAGCUCAGAUUACUAGAGAACUGCGGAGGACAGCAUACUCUGGGGUCCGAAUGACUAUUCUUUCUAGCAGGGAUCAUACUUGUGUACAUCCUGAAGUAAUCGGUAAUUUCAACAGGAAUGAAAAAUGCAUGGAGUUGAUGGAUGGAAAAAAUGGUAAAUCUUGUUAUUUCAACCACGGUGUCCAUAAGAUUAGUGAACAACAUGCUCUACAGACUUUUCCAGGGAUGUGCAGGGCCUGGGAUAUAGAAGAUCUUGUGAGCCUGGGGAAAAAACUAAAGGCCUGUCCAUAUUAUGCAGCUCGAGAACUAAUGCAAGAUGCUGACAUUGUGUUCUGUCCCUACAACUAUCUCCUAGAUUCACAAAUAAGAGAAAGUAUGGAUAUCAGUCUGAAAGAGCAGAUCAUCAUUUUAGAUGAAGCCCAUAAUAUUGAGGACUGUGCACGUGAAUCAGCCAGUUACAGUGUUUCAGAAAUCCAACUUAGGUUUGCUCGAGAUGAACUAGAUGUUAUGGUCAGCAACAAUAUAAGGAAGAAAGACCAUGAACCCCUGCGAGCUGUGUGCUAUAGCCUCAUAAAUUGGUUACAGGAAAACUCCAAACAUCUUGAAGAAAGAGAUUAUGAAUCAUCCUGUAAAGUGUGGAGUGGAAAUGAAAUGAUCUCUCACUUUUACAAAAUGGGCAUAACCGCUGUGACCUUUCCAAUAUUACAGGGACAUUUUACUGCUGUCCUUCAAAAAGAAGAAAAAUUCAUGCUCCUUAAUGGUAAAGAGCAGGUCAGAGAAAUACCCAUCAUUAGUGCCUCUACUCAGAUUAUGCUCAAAGGACUAUUUAUGGUACUGGACUAUCUUUUUAGGCAGAAGAGCAGGUUUGCAGAUGAUUACAAAGUUGCUAUACAGCAAACUUACUCUUGGACAAGCCAGAUUGAUAUUCCAGACAAAAAUGGUUUCUUUGCUUUGCCUAAAAAUAAGAAACGCUCCAAACAAAAAAUGGCAGUAAAUGUGCUAAACUUUUGGUGCUUGAAUCCAGCAGUGGCCUUUUCAGAUAUUAAUAGUAAUGUACGGACGAUUAUUUUGACAUCUGGUACUCUGUCACCAAUGAAAUCUUUUUCAUCUGAACUUGGUGUAACAUUUGCUAUACAACUAGAGGCUAAUCAUGUCAUUAAGAACUCACAGGUUUGGGUUGGCACUAUUGGGUCAGGCCCCAAGGGUCGGACUCUCUGUGCCACCUUCCAGCACACAGAGACCUUUGCAUUCCAGGAUGAAGUUGGAGCACUUCUCUUGUCUGUGUGCCAAACAGUGGGCCAAGGAAUUUUGUGCUUCUUGCCUUCUUACAAGUUAUUGGACAAAUUAAAAGAACGUUGGAUACACACUGGUUUAUGGCAUAACCUUGAGUUAGUGAAGACAGUCAUUACGGAACCACAAGGGGGAGAGAAAGCUGCAUUUGAUGAAGUGUUGCAAGUGUACUACGAUGCAAUCAAGUGUAAAGGAGACCGAGAUGGUGCCCUCCUUGUAGCAGUUUGCCGAGGUAAAGUGAGUGAAGGUUUGGAUUUCUCAGAUGAGAAUGCCCGUGCUGUCAUAACAAUAGGGAUCCCAUUUCCAAAUGUGAAAGAUCUUCAGGUUGAAUUAAAGAGAAAAUACAAUGACCAGCAUUCAAAAGACAGAGGUCUUUUACCUGGCCGCCAGUGGUAUGAAAUUCAAGCUUAUAGGGCCCUGAACCAGGCACUCGGCAGGUGUAUUCGGCAUAAAAAUGAUUGGGGAGCUCUUAUUUUAGUUGAUGAUCGGUUUAGGAGCAACCCAGAUCGAUAUAUAGCUGGACUUUCCAAAUGGGUUCGUCAACAGAUUAAGCACCAUGCAACCUUUGAAAGUGCACUGGAAUCCUUGGCUGCAUUUUCUAAAAAGCAUCAAAAAGUCAUUGAUGUGUCAUCCCCAAAUAGUAAUGAGUUUGUACAAGAAGUGGCCUGUUUAAAGGAUGAGUCCUCGACAUCUUUAUUGGAAUCAACAAUUCACCUGUCACAGAAUGUUCUUGAAGAAGAUGAAAGGAAACCUUUUGUCCAGGAACUUCAAGCUCCUGCAACGAUGGCUAUGGAGUUCAAUCUACAUAAUCACCCAAGUGAUCAUCAUCACAUAAUCACAGCCAAGAGUAAAAAUGAUUCAUUAUUAUUGGAAGAUUCUCCCCAGAAAAUGAAGAGGGAAAAAAUUUUUAUGUCAAGAUCCACAAGUCCAACCUUCAGUAAACAAACAGAAAGGAAUGGCUGUCCCAAAUCUAACUCUAUGAAGAAAUAUUUUACCCCUAAGUCACUGACUUCCACACCUGUGCACAGAUUUUCAGAGAACCAUGACUUUGAUACUUCCCCUUCCAAAAAGGAAAAGAGGGAAAGUACAAUUGGUCUGUCUCUCACUAGUAGAGGCCAGUCCUCAUCCCUGUCAGGAAACAUGCCACUGAGACCAAGCCCCAAAUCAGAAACUAUCUCUUCGACAGAAAGGACCAAUUCUGUUAGUAAAAAUGAUCCUGCUGAGCUGGUGCUCUUUCCUGAAGAAGCCCUGGAUCAAGACAUUGACCUGAGUGCUAUACAUGGAGAAGCUGAAUUUUCCAAUGUAAACAUAGAUAAUGAAACAAUGGAAGAAGAUGAAUCUAUCUAUUUCACACCAGAACUUUAUGAUGACAUAGAAUCAGAUGCAGAGGAAAAUGAACAGCUACUUGCAACUGAUGGAAUAAAUCAAAGGACUGAGAAUUCAAAUUAUGUUAUAGCAGAAAACCUUUUGGAAAUUGAUAGUACCCAAAAAAUGGGUUCAGAUUACACAGAUGUGAGGUUGAAUAGAAUCAUGCAAAAUGAAGAACGUAAAGUUGAAGACAUUAGUAAUAAUGUAAAGGCAACUAAUAUACAUGAACGGGAGCUGGAAAGAACUCAGGAAAUGGAAACCAUAGGUAACAUCAGCACAUAACCACCAUGUUGUUUAAGGUUUCUGGACCAAACUUCAGAUUAAAUGAUUACUCUACCUCUGAUAAGUGAUAUAGAUGCUUCUAAAAAACAGUAGGCAGCCUCAUUUUCAAUCUGUUUUCAUCACUGUUAAAAUAGCAUCUGAUUUUUAUUUAUAAACUGUUAUUUUCUAUUUGAAAGUGCAUAUUAUGCUAUUCUCUAGUUUGUUUUUUGAGGUGAUGCACACAAAAUAGUUUUUUCUAGAAAAUCUUUGUUGUCAAAAUAGAUUCCACAUUUAACAUGGUAAAAAAUAGAUGGACUUUCUUAGGUUUCCUCCAAUUUUACUUUAGCACUGAAAUCUCAUAAAAUCCCCUCCUCUUAUUUCAAAUUUACAUAUAAAGUUCAAAACAUACCUCUAUCAUGGAUGUCAGUCCUGAUUUACUUGUUAAGUUUUACCACACAUCAUGUAAUAAUAAUCUAGUAUUUCCUAGAGCAGUUCCUUCUCUGUUUAAAGUUCAUAUCAAAUUCUUUUGCCAGCUUGUGAUAAAUUUAAAAUAGCAGUUAAGGUACUGCACAUAUUUUUAAUUGAAAUUUAUUUUAUUAUUUUUGUAUGAUAAGCUGAAAUCAAUAGAAUUUGUUUUGUUUUGUUUUUUAACCAACAGAAUUUGUAAACAAACUUCUGUAAAGUCAUAGACAGUCAAAUGACCUCUUAAUUUUCAACCCUAACACAUUCAGGCAGGCUGAAAAAUGAGCCUAAAGAUAAAGGUACAAUUGAAAUGUGCCCCCUUGUGGCCAGAUGAACAUAAUAGUCUUUUACUUAUUGCUGCACUCAUUUGCAAUAGUCCAAAAAUACAGUCCAAAAAAGUCCAUGAAUGAACAUUUAUUCCUCAUCAAAAAUAAUUUUUGAAAAAUAUGGUUUGUUUUAUCAUCAUUCUGAAAACACACUGACUUUUUUCUAGGAAAUAUUCUUUCACCAGACAGAUGCUGAUCAUAAGAUUUAAACUGUGUCAUAACCUUAAAGAUCAUCUGGUCCAGGCCCCCUCAUUUUAAAGAUGAGGAACUGAAGACUAACAGCCUUAAGUGAUCAACACAAUACCACACAAGCAUUAAGUACUAGAACUGGGAUUUAGAACUUUUGGUUCCAAAUCUACUGGCUUUUUUCCCACCACUAUAUCCCACCACAAAUGUGCCUUUCAGACCACAUUUGUGUUUUCUAAUAUCUUAUAGAACAAGAAACCAGUAGACUUCUUAUCAAGUAAUAGGAAAUUAUGCAUAACAGUUUUAAACAUAGUUUAAUUAAAGAGAUUUAGUUUUAUUGUUCACCAAUUAAAGGUUUUGGAUUCCCAAAAUGAUUCCUCUUGAUACCCUGUCUUUUCCUUAUAUUUAUCAGUGAACAAUUGACUAUAAACAAUAGAUUGAAAGUAAUUUUUGUAAUCAUGGGUUCAUAGAUCCAAUCCAAUUCAAUUCUGUAAUUUUACGGAUGAGUACCCUGAGACAUAGAAAAGUCAAGUGGCUUGCCCUAGGUCACGUAGGAAGUAAAUAGCAGAGAUGAGAUUUGCACAUAGGUCCACUGAUUCAAAACCCUGUAACCUUUCUACUCUGCCGAAUAAUUUAAUAUAUGAAAAGCUUUGAAAAAUUCAAGCACAAGUCACUUCUCUUUGAACCUGUUUCCCCAUUUGUAAAAUGAGGAAUUUGAACUCCUUUAUCUCUACGGUUUUUUCUAACUGUAACAUUCAGUUCAGCAGGCACUUAUUAAGUGCUUACUGGGUGCAAAAAAUACCAUAUUCUGAUGAUGUUCUGCUAGUAAUCAAUUUGAAUUGGAUUUUGACAGAUUCUUCUUAAAAAACAAAUAUACUCAAACAUAAAAUCUACAUUAAUCCCAUCCCAGUCAGAACAGGCCCUAUGGUUUGCUAUUCUCUUAUCCCAAUAAUUCUGCUUUUGCUCAAAAUUUGCUGGAUCUCCUCUUCUAGCCUUUGGGCCAGUUUAUGAGAUACACAAAAUCCAUCCCAUUAAAUUAGAAGCAGUGCUCAUUCUUGACCCCAAGCAAUAUUACUUAACUUUAAUCACUGAUUUCCUUUAACAGCUGAUUGAAUGUUUUGAGGCUUUUUUCCCCCAAAGGUGAAAAUCUGCCAUCUUAGACAAUAUUCAGGUGGAUGUGUCCAUGGGCUAUUAAGGUAGUUCCAAAAGAGGAUUUCUAACUACAUCUGUAGCAACAAAGAUCUUCUGAGAACCAUUUUAUGUACUGGCCCCUAAAAUGACUCUUUUAGCUGGGACAGCAGUCUUUUGGAAAUAUAAUGCAGGUGUCCUUACUGAAAAACAAUCACAUUGCUUUGUAGUAAUGCCUUAUAAUGAUCAUAAAGUCAUAGAAAUUAGAGAGAGAAGGGACUCUGAAAGUCAACUAGUACCAACUCCUUCCUUUACAGAGGAAGAAAGAAAGGCCCAGGGAUGUGAUCCAGGUUCACUUCCUAGCUGAGCUGGGAUGAGAACCCAAGCCAGCUGACCAAGUCCAGUGCUGCAUGGAGAUCACAAUGAAGGGCAUUUGUAGCAUGCUUGUAAAAAUGCCAUCACUAUUCAUAGGGUCCUAGAACUUAGAUCCAGAAGAGGCCUUACUACUCUUUGCAUGCCCUCACUUAUGUAUCACUUACUAGAUACAUGAAAUAUAUGGACUUUCCAAAUUGCUAAAUUAGUCUCAGAUUAUUUGGCAUUCUGAAGGAUUCUCAACUUUCAAAUAGAAUUACACAGGGUUCCUUUAAAAGUGAACAUUUAAAACAUGAUUUAAAUAACAAGAAUCUGACUUGCAUGCAACUCUAACAAAAUAAACAUUGAGGAAAGUGAAAUAGACUGUGUACAGUGAAAAGAGCACUAAACUUGAAAGUUUUGGUUCCUAAAUUCAAAUCCCAGUUCUGCUACAUAAUAACUAUAUGUGAGUUAUCUUCAGAUAGGUACCUAUCAUCUCUGGCCCUCACCUUCAUCUAUAAAAUGAAUGGAUUGGACAAGAUGACCUUUGAGGUGCCUUCCAACACAGAUCUAGAUCUGUGAUCACGCUGGCUUUGCUUAAAGACCUGCUUCUAUUUCUUAAUAAUCAGCCUGUUAUUUGGUGUUCCAUGUCAAAUAAAAGCAACAAUCAUGAAUCUCACUUGGUCCCUAUGUAUUUUUCAUUGCUCUACAAUCUGGCAA